AUGGAUGUGAAAGAGCGUAGGCCUUACUGCUCCUUGACCAAGAGCAGACGAGAAAAGGAACGGCGCUAUACCAACUCGUCGGCAGACAAUGAGGAGUGUAGGGUUCCCACGCAGAAGUCCUACAGUUCCAGCGAAACCCUGAAAGCUUUUGAUCAUGAUUCUUCGCGCCUGCUUUACGGGAACAGAGUGAAGGAUCUGGUCCACAGAGAAGCAGACGAGUAUACUAGACAAGGACAGAAUUUUACCCUAAGGCAGUUAGGAGUGUGUGAAUCCGCAACUCGAAGAGGAGUGGCAUUCUGUGCGGAAAUGGGGCUCCCUCACAGAGGUUACUCCAUCAGUGCAGGGUCAGAUGCUGAUACGGAAAACGAAGCAGUGAUGUCCCCAGAGCAUGCCAUGAGACUUUGGGGCAGGGGGGUCAAAUCGGGCCGCAGUUCCUGCCUGUCAAGCCGGUCCAACUCAGCCCUCACCCUGACAGACACGGAGCACGAGAGCAAGUCGGACAGUGAUAGCGAGCAACCUGCCAACAGUCAAGGGCAAGCCACCCUGCAGCCUUUGCCGCCUUCUCACAAGCAGCACCCCGCCCAGCACCACCCAUCCGUCACUUCUCUAAAUAGAAACUCCCUGACCAAUAGAAGGAACCAGAGUCCGGCCCCGCCGGCUGCUUUGCCCGCCGAGCUGCAAACCACACCCGAGUCCGUCCAGCUGCAGGACAGCUGGGUCCUUGGCAGUAAUGUACCACUGGAAAGCAGGCAUUUCCUAUUCAAAACAGGGACAGGGACGACGCCACUGUUCAGUACGGCCACCCCGGGAUACACCAUGGCAUCUGGCUCUGUUUAUUCACCGCCUACCCGGCCGCUUCCUAGAAACACCCUAUCAAGAAGUGCUUUUAAAUUCAAGAAGUCUUCAAAGUACUGCAGCUGGCGGUGCACCGCUCUGUGCGCCGUAGGCGUCUCCGUGCUCCUCGCCAUACUCCUGUCGUAUUUUAUAGCAAUGCAUCUAUUUGGCCUCAAUUGGCACUUACAGCAGACUGAAAAUGACACAUUUGAGAAUGGAAAAGUGAAUUCUGACGCCAUGCCAACAAACACUGUCUCGUUACCUUCUGGCGACAAUGGAAAAUUAGGUGGACUUACACAUGAAAAUAACACCAUAGAUUCCGGAGAACUUGAUAUUGGCCGGAGAGCAAUUCAAGAGGUUCCUCCUGGGAUCUUCUGGAGAUCACAGCUCUUUAUUGAUCAGCCACAGUUUCUUAAGUUCAACAUCUCUCUUCAGAAGGAUGCAUUGAUCGGAGUUUACGGCCGGAAAGGCUUACCGCCUUCCCAUACACAGUACGACUUUGUGGAGCUCCUGGAUGGCAGCAGGCUAAUUGCAAGAGAACAGCGGAACCUGGUGGAGUCCGAAAGAGCCGGGCGGCAGGCGAGGUCUGUCAGCCUGCACGAAGCCGGCUUCAUCCAGUACCUGGAUUCUGGAAUCUGGCAUCUGGCCUUUUAUAACGAUGGGAAAAAUCCAGAGCAAGUGUCUUUUAACACCAUCGUUAUAGAGUCUGUGGUGGAGUGCCCCCGAAAUUGCCAUGGAAAUGGAGAAUGCGUUUCUGGAACUUGCCAUUGUUUUCCGGGCUUUCUGGGUCCGGAUUGUUCAAGAGCAGCCUGCCCAGUGCUCUGUAGCGGCAACGGGCAGUACUCCAAAGGCCGCUGCCUGUGUUUCAGUGGCUGGAAGGGCACAGAAUGUGAUGUGCCAAGUACCCAGUGCAUUGACCCGCAGUGUGGGGGUCGUGGGAUUUGCAUCAUGGGCUCCUGCGCUUGCAACUCAGGAUACAAAGGAGAAAACUGUGAAGAAGCGGACUGUCUAGACCCUGGAUGUUCUAAUCACGGGGUGUGUAUCCAUGGGGAAUGUCACUGCAGUCCAGGAUGGGGCGGCAGCAACUGUGAAAUACUGAAGACCAUGUGCCCAGACCAGUGCUCGGGCCACGGGACAUACCUUCAAGAAAGCGGCUCCUGCACUUGUGACCCGAAUUGGACUGGCCCAGAUUGUUCAAAUGAAAUAUGUUCGGUGGACUGCGGCUCCCAUGGUGUGUGCAUGGGGGGUACCUGUCGCUGCGAAGAAGGCUGGACAGGCCCCGCGUGCAACCAGAGAGCUUGCCACCCUCGCUGUGCCGAACAUGGGACCUGCAAGGACGGCAAGUGUGAAUGCAGCCAAGGAUGGAACGGAGAGCACUGCACGAUUGAGGGUUGCCCCGGCUUGUGCAACAGCAAUGGGAGAUGCACCCUGGACCAAAACGGCUGGCACUGUGUUUGCCAGCCAGGGUGGAGAGGAGCGGGCUGUGAUGUAGCCAUGGAGACUCUCUGUACAGACAGCAAGGACAAUGAAGGAGACGGACUCGCUGACUGCAUGGAUCCUGAUUGCUGCCUCCAGAGUUCCUGCCAAAAUCAGCCCUACUGCCGGGGCUUGCCUGAUCCUCAGGAUAUCAUUAGCCAAAGUCUACAGACACCAUCUCAGCAAGCUGCCAAGUCCUUCUAUGAUCGAAUCAGCUUCCUGAUUGGAUCGGAUAGCACCCACGUGCUCCCUGGAGAAAGUCCGUUCAAUAAGAGCCUCGCGUCCGUCAUUAGAGGCCAAGUGCUGACUGCUGAUGGGACCCCGCUCAUUGGUGUCAAUGUCUCAUUUUUACAUUACUCAGAAUAUGGAUAUACUAUUACCCGCCAGGAUGGAAUGUUUGACCUGGUGGCCAACGGUGGCGCCUCUCUGACCUUGGUGUUUGAGCGUUCCCCGUUCCUCACUCAGUAUCACACGGUGUGGAUCCCGUGGAAUGUCUUUUACGUGAUGGACACCCUGGUCAUGAAGAAAGAAGAGAACGACAUUCCCAGCUGUGACCUCAGCGGGUUUGUGAGACCAAGUCCUAUCAUCGUGUCGUCGCCUUUGUCCACCUUCUUCAGAUCGUCCCCGGAAGACAGCCCCAUCAUCCCCGAGACACAGGACUCGGGGGCUGGAUCCGUGUCAGUUGGCUAUGAAUAUGAGUCGUGCUUGGACCUGACUCUGUGGGAAAAGAGGACCGCCAUUUUGCAGGGCUACGAGUUGGACGCUUCCAACAUGGGUGGAUGGACGCUGGAUAAGCAUCACGUACUGGAUGUCCAGAACGGUAUACUGUACAAGGGCAAUGGGGAAAAUCAGUUCAUCUCCCAGCAGCCUCCGGUGGUCAGUAGCAUCAUGGGCAAUGGUCGGAGGCGUAGCAUCUCAUGCCCAAGUUGCAAUGGCCAAGCUGAUGGAAACAAGCUGCUGGCACCAGUGGCGCUAGCCUGUGGGAUCGACGGCAGUCUAUACGUAGGGGAUUUCAACUAUGUCCGACGGAUAUUCCCUUCUGGGAACGUGACCAGUGUUUUAGAGCUAAGAAAUAAAGAUUUUAGACAUAGCAGCAACCCAGCUCACAGGUACUACCUGGCUACGGAUCCGGUCACCGGAGAUUUGUACGUUUCUGAUACCAACACCCGAAGAAUUUAUCGCCCGAAAUCACUCACGGGAGCCAAAGACUUGACUAAAAAUGCCGAAGUGGUAGCGGGGACUGGAGAACAGUGCCUUCCCUUUGAUGAGGCCAGGUGUGGGGACGGAGGGAAGGCUGUGGAAGCGACACUCAUGAGUCCCAAAGGAAUGGCGAUUGAUAAGAAUGGACUGAUCUACUUUGUUGACGGAACCAUGAUCAGAAAGGUUGAUCAAAAUGGGAUCAUAUCAACUCUCCUGGGCUCCAAUGAUCUCACGUCAGCCCGACCUUUAACCUGCGACACUAGCAUGCACAUCAGCCAGGUACGCCUGGAAUGGCCCACUGACCUUGCCAUUAACCCCAUGGAUAACUCCAUCUAUGUCCUGGACAACAAUGUAGUUUUGCAGAUCACGGAAAACCGCCAAGUUCGCAUCGCUGCGGGGCGGCCCAUGCACUGCCAGGUCCCCGGAGUGGAAUACCCUGUGGGGAAGCACGCGGUUCAGACCACGCUGGAAUCAGCCACCGCCAUCGCUGUGUCCUACAGCGGGGUCCUCUACAUCACCGAAACUGACGAAAAGAAAAUUAACCGGAUAAGGCAGGUCACAACAGAUGGGGAAAUCUCCUUAGUGGCUGGAAUACCUUCUGAGUGUGACUGCAAAAAUGACGCCAACUGUGACUGCUACCAGAGCGGAGACGGCUACGCCAAAGAUGCCAAACUCAAUGCACCGUCCUCCCUCGCCGCCUCUCCAGAUGGCACGCUGUACAUUGCAGAUCUGGGAAAUAUCCGGAUCCGGGCAGUGUCCAAGAAUAAGCCUUUACUUAACUCUAUGAACUUCUAUGAGGUUGCCUCUCCAACCGAUCAAGAGCUCUAUAUCUUUGACAUCAACGGCACCCACCAGUACACCGUGAGCUUGGUCACAGGUGACUACCUCUAUAACUUCAGCUACAGCAAUGACAACGACAUCACUGCCGUAACCGACAGCAAUGGCAACACCCUCCGAAUCCGAAGGGACCCGAAUCGGAUGCCCGUCCGGGUCGUGUCUCCGGAUAACCAAGUGAUAUGGUUGACCAUUGGUACCAACGGGUGUCUGAAGAGCAUGACCGCCCAAGGAUUGGAACUAGUUUUGUUUACUUACCAUGGCAACAGUGGGCUUUUAGCCACCAAAAGUGAUGAGACCGGAUGGACCACAUUUUUUGACUACGACAGUGAAGGUCGCCUAACGAAUGUCACGUUUCCAACGGGAGUGGUUACAAACUUACACGGGGACAUGGACAAGGCUAUCACGGUGGACAUUGAGUCCUCCAGCCGAGAGGAGGACGUCAGCAUCACUUCAAAUCUGUCCUCCAUCGACUCUUUCUACACCAUGGUUCAAGACCAGUUAAGAAACAGUUACCAAAUUGGAUACGAUGGCUCCCUGAGAAUCAUCUAUGCCAGCGGUCUAGAUUCACACUACCAGACAGAGCCCCAUGUCCUGGCUGGCACCGCGAAUCCCACCGUGGCCAAAAGAAACAUGACUCUUCCUGGUGAGAAUGGACAGAAUCUGGUAGAAUGGAGAUUCCGAAAAGAACAAGCGCAAGGCAAGGUCAACGUGUUCGGCCGAAAGCUCAGGGUCAAUGGGCGAAACCUCCUCUCAGUGGACUUUGACCGGACCACCAAGACCGAAAAGAUCUACGAUGACCAUCGGAAAUUCCUCCUGAGGAUCGCUUAUGACACGUCGGGGCACCCAACUCUCUGGUUGCCUAGCAGCAAGCUGAUGGCCGUCAACGUCACCUACUCAUCCACCGGACAGAUCUCCAGCAUCCAGAGAGGAACGACCAGCGAAAAAGUGGACUACGAUGGGCAGGGGAGGAUUGUAUCUCGGGUCUUCGCUGAUGGGAAAACGUGGAGUUACACAUACCUGGAGAAGUCCAUGGUCCUUCUGCUCCAUAGCCAGCGGCAGUACAUCUUCGAAUACGAUAUGUGGGACCGCCUGUCUGCCAUCACCAUGCCCAGUGUGGCUCGGCACACCAUGCAGACCAUCCGGUCCAUUGGCUACUACCGCAACAUCUACAACCCCCCGGAGAGCAAUGCCUCGAUCAUCACGGACUACAACGAGGAAGGGCUGCUUCUGCAAACAGCUUUCCUGGGAACAAGUCGGAGGGUCUUAUUCAAGUACAGAAGGCAGACCAGGCUAUCGGAAAUCUUAUACGAUAGCACAAGGGUCAGUUUUACCUACGAUGAAACAGCGGGAGUCCUGAAAACAGUAAACCUUCAGAGCGAUGGGUUUAUUUGCACCAUUAGGUACAGGCAAAUCGGCCCCCUGAUUGACAGACAGAUUUUCCGCUUUAGUGAAGAUGGGAUGGUAAAUGCAAGAUUUGACUAUAGCUAUGACAACAGCUUUCGAGUGACCAGCAUGCAGGGUGUCAUCAAUGAAACCCCACUGCCCAUUGAUCUAUACCAGUUCGAUGACAUUUCUGGCAAAGUCGAGCAGUUUGGAAAAUUUGGGGUUAUCUACUAUGACAUCAACCAGAUCAUCUCCACCGCCGUCAUGACUUACACGAAGCACUUCGACGCUCACGGCCGAAUCAAGGAGAUCCAGUAUGAGAUAUUCAGGUCGCUCAUGUACUGGAUUACAAUUCAGUAUGAUAACAUGGGCCGGGUCACCAAGAGAGAGAUUAAAAUAGGGCCCUUUGCCAACACUACCAAAUACGGGUAUGAAUACGAUGUUGAUGGACAGCUCCAAACGGUCUACCUGAACGAGAAGAUCAUGUGGCGAUACAAUUAUGACCUGAACGGGAACCUCCACCUCCUGAACCCCAGCAGCAGCGCCCGCCUGACGCCCCUUCGCUACGACCUGCGGGACAGAAUCACCCGUCUGGGGGACGUUCAGUACCGGCUGGAUGAAGACGGCUUUCUGCGUCAGAGGGGCACGGAAAUCUUCGAAUACAGCUCCAAGGGGCUCCUGACUCGAGUCUACAGUAAAGGCAGCGGCUGGACGGUGAUCUAUCGGUACGACGGCCUGGGAAGGCGCGUGUCCAGCAAAACCAGCCUGGGGCAGCACCUGCAGUUUUUUUACGCCGACCUGACCUACCCCACUCGGAUUACUCACGUCUACAACCACUCAAGUUCAGAAAUCACCUCCCUCUACUACGACCUCCAAGGACAUCUUUUCGCCAUGGAGAUCAGCAGCGGGGACGAGUUCUACAUCGCCUCGGACAACACGGGCACGCCGCUGGCUGUCUUUAGCAGCAAUGGGCUCAUGCUGAAACAGAUCCAGUACACCGCCUACGGGGAGAUCUACUUUGACUCCAACAUUGACUUUCAGCUGGUAAUCGGGUUCCAUGGAGGCCUGUACGACCCGCUAACCAAAUUGAUCCACUUCGGAGAAAGAGAUUAUGACAUUUUGGCAGGACGAUGGACAACACCGGACAUCGAAAUCUGGAAAAGAAUCGGAAAGGACCCGGCUCCUUUUAACCUGUAUAUGUUUCGGAAUAACAACCCUGCAAGCAAAAUUCAUGAUGUGAAAGACUACAUCACAGAUGUUAACAGCUGGCUGGUGACAUUUGGCUUCCAUUUGCACAAUGCUAUUCCUGGAUUCCCUGUUCCCAAAUUUGAUUUAACAGAACCUUCAUAUGAACUUGUGAAGAGUCAGCAGUGGGAAGAUGUGCCGCCCAUCUUUGGAGUUCAGCAGCAAGUGGCAAGGCAAGCCAAGGCCUUCCUGUCCCUGGGGAAGAUGGCCGAGGUCCAGGUGAGCCGACGCAAGGCGGGUGGCGAGCAGUCGUGGUUGUGGUUCGCCACGGUCAAGUCGCUCAUCGGCAAGGGCGUCAUGCUGGCUGUGAGCCAAGGCCGCGUGCAGACCAACGUGCUCAACAUCGCCAACGAGGACUGCAUCAAGGUGGCGGCCGUGCUCAAUAACGCCUUCUACCUGGAGAACCUGCACUUCACCAUCGAGGGCAAGGACACCCACUACUUCAUCAAGACCACCACACCCGAGAGCGACCUGGGCACUCUGCGGCUGACGAGCGGCCGCAAGGCACUGGAGAACGGCAUCAACGUGACCGUGUCGCAGUCCACCACGGUGGUGAACGGCAGGACUCGCAGGUUCGCCGACGUGGAGAUGCAGUUCGGGGCGCUGGCCCUGCACGUGCGCUACGGCAUGACGCUGGACGAGGAGAAGGCGCGCAUCCUGGAGCAGGCUCGCCAGCGCGCUCUCGCCCGGGCCUGGGCGCGCGAGCAGCAGCGCGUGCGCGACGGCGAGGAGGGUGCGCGCCUCUGGACCGAGGGCGAGAAGCGGCAGCUGCUGAGCGCCGGCAAGGUGCAGGGUUACGACGGGUACUACGUACUGUCGGUGGAGCAGUACCCCGAGCUGGCCGACAGCGCCAACAACAUCCAGUUUCUGCGACAAAGCGAGAUCGGCAAGAGGUAACCCCUGGGCCAGCCCUGCGCACAGUCUCCUGUAGCACAAUCCCAACCGGACUCUCCAAAGAGCCUUUCCAGAAGGACACUGCUCUGCAGACACACACACACACACACACCGCAUACACACACGCAACACAGACCAGAAACAGAGACAACUUUUCCUGAAUGACCUUAAAGGUGAUCGGCUUUAAAGAAUAUGUUUACAUACGUAUAUCGCUGCACUCAUUUGGACUGGAAGUGUGAGAAGGAAAAAAAAAAAAAAGCAUUAAAAAGGCAACGUUUUGCCGUGGCCCUCUGUACCUUCGAGGCCCUGUAUUUAAGGUUUUAAAAUGAAAAAAAAAAAAAAAAUGCGUAAGGUGUUUCCAAGAUAUUACUGAAUUGUCGACCUUUGCUUACAGGAAGUCAUCUGUACUUAGGAUAUGAUAUAUAGAGAUCUGUUCGUUUUCAAAUGUGGGGCAGAGUUACUGUUUCUAGAACCCGACUGCUUUCCCGUGCUGCAUCGUAAGAGGACACUGGCACAGGGCCACCUGCCUCGGCGGGGGUUUAAUAAUGGAUUUUACUAACAUGGCUUGCCCUGGGAGGGAAAAACUGAUGAAUACAAUCCUUGUCACUGAUAAGCAAAGGAAACCCUGAUUUUUUUGUAAAUUAUGUGAGACAAGUUGUUUAUGGAUUUUUUAUAUGAAUUACAAUUUACUGUACAUCAAAUAUUAGUCUCAGAGGAGUUAAUUUAUGUAAAGUGUUUAAAAGUUUAUACUUAAAAAUAAAAUGAU